AUGCCAUACUCUGUUUGCAUUGCGCAAUCAAAAAUUUUAAAUUAUCCACAAUUAUCAAUAAUUGUGGGUGGAGGUGCUAACUUGGGUCUCGAUCAGUGUUCCAAUCCCGCUUCACGCUUCGUGAUCGUGGCAGAAGGAUUACCAUAUCCGGAUAUUGCGUGUCGAAUGGGUUCAUCGAGAAUGAUCGCAUUUCAUAUUGUUUCCCGGCGGUCGCUUCCAAAAAUAUUUCUAUUGUUGUCGUUCGAACAUCUCGCGGUAAUCAACGCGUUCGGUACACCGCCACCACCGAACAAGGUAAAAAUGCACAAUGUCAUUCAUUCUCUGGUGGAUCAUCUGUGUUCACCGCAUGAGCAUACAUUUUCAGGUCCCGUGAACUUUACACGCAGCAGAGAUACCAGGUACUUGCACGAUGGACAUCUCACGGAAAAUAAAUUGAGUAUAAUAAAGGAAAUAGUUUGGUGGAGAAACAGGUUUGUCGACUUUUCCGGAAGGUCAUCAAAUGUCGGAUGA